CCCCCUGAGAUGACCGGAUUAUUGUCAAAUUUCGGAUUGACACUCCAGGUGAAGUGAGUGCGCGUGACCCGGGGGUGCGCUCUAAACCUGAGAGGCUCGGCCCCGCGCCGACACUCCCGCACUCAGCGCUGUGAGGCUCCGACUGUGUCACAAGUUCACUCUCUCUUUCUAAUUCUGUUACGACGAGUGGUUUAUUGGAAUCUCUUUUGACGUCACGUCUUUUCUCGGCGGAGAGUGAAGGUUGGGAGCAGAAACUCCGAAGACCUACAACCCGAACGGGACUUUAUUUAUGUUUAUGUUUGGGGGAUUCUAUUUUUAACGCCACGCAAAGAAGUCGGCAAAGAAGUUCAUCGAGAGCCAGGGAUUGUGUCUGUUACUCUGCUGAGCAAAACUUGGACGAGAGUAAACAAAGCGAGGAGAGGAUCUCGCUCGCUCCGGAUUUCUGAACUGGAAUUAUUACAUAAACGGAUCAAUGGAUUCCAACUGCCGUAAAGUUGUACAGUCUUGUGUGCAGCUAGGAGUACAGGUACAGACCCUGGAAAACAUGUUCUCAAAAGAUUCGGAUAUCAAAAAAAACGAAUUAUCCCCAAACGACUCAACAAUCAUUAGAAAAGACAAACACUUCGGAAGGCAGCAUGUCCCAAGUGAAAAAGAAAAAAACUCGAGCAAAAACGACGACUCAUCGGUGGAUGAUCCGUCCAAAAAGAAGAGGCAGCGACGGCAGCGGACCCACUUUACCAGCCAACAGCUGCAAGAACUGGAAGCCACGUUUCAGAGAAAUCGAUACCCCGAUAUGUCUACCCGAGAAGAAAUCGCCGUUUGGACAAACCUCACGGAAGCGCGAGUCAGGGUCUGGUUUAAGAAUCGCCGAGCCAAGUGGAGAAAGCGAGAGCGGAAUCAACAGGCAGAGUUGUGCAAAAAUGGCUUUGGCCCGCAGUUCAACGGCCUGAUGCAGCCUUACGAGGACAUGUACCCCAGCUACACCUACAACAACUGGGCUGCCAAGGGACUCACAUCGGCCUCCCUCUCCACCAAGAGCUUCCCUUUCUUCAACUCCAUGAAUGUGAACCCCCUGUCGUCUCAGACCAUGUUCUCCCCGCCGAACUCCAUCUCGUCCAUGAGCAUGUCCUCCACCAUGGUGCCGUCGGCGGUCACGGGCGUGCCAGGCUCCAGCCUCAACAGCCUUAAUAACUUGAAUAACCUCAGCAACAGCUCCCUGAAUACGGGCGUGCCAACGCCAGCCUGUCCCUAUGCCCCUCCAACCCCUCCGUAUGUGUACAGAGACACGUGCAACUCCAGUCUGGCCAGCCUAAGACUGAAGGCCAAGCAGCACUCGAGUUUCGGAUAUGCCAGCGUGCAGACCCCCGCCACCAACCUGAGCGCCUGCCAGUAUGCGGUGGACAGGCCAGUUUGAGUGGACCAAGGUGGGGGGGUUGGAGGGGUGGGGGUGAGCGAGACACCCCGGGACUCAGUGGGCACUACGGACUCAAUGGCUGCAUACAGGACAAGAGAGAGAGGACAUGUUGGGGGAGGACGCGCAGACCCCCUGUUCUUCUUUUUUUUUAUUCGAGGGAACUUCAUAAUCGUCCAUGUGCUUCGUUAUGCUUGUUCCCCUAAAGAAUACACGUGGAUUUCAACUGGAUACUUUACUUUAUUCUUGCAUAUAAGCUUGUUACAGAAUAAUAAUAGAAAAAAAAAAA